GGAGAAAAAGAGACACUCAGAAGUUGAAGCUGUUGAGUUGCCUUAGCCCCUGUGGAAUCAUGACAUGCCUAUUUUGUACCUCCUGUAGGUUAUCUCAGGUUAAGCCAACGCAGGGCUUUUCAGAGUCUAGGGACUGCAUGUAAGGGAGGAGAAGGAUCAGAUAGGGCUUAGCUUUAGUUGCACAGUUCUAUUUACUGAACUGGUAAGUAUUAGGAAGAUGCUAUGGGCAGAGCACUAUCAGGGGAGUCCCCUACAUUCUGAGUUUGGCUCUGCUGCUGACCCUGUCUAGCUCGGUGAGGCUGCUUACUUCUCUGAACCCCAGUUCCUCCAUCUCUAUUGAGUGAAUCUGGCAAAGUGCUGUCUAAAGCUGGGUCAGGAGGCAUGCCUGGUCCUACAAGCGAACCCCAGAGGCUCCCUUGAAAUGGGGGCACAGAUUUGUCUCCUUCCUGCAGUUACUAUUGCCAAGAGCCCACUUCCCCAUGAGGGCAAACUGGAGUUUCCUCUGAACAACUAAGGGUGAGAAUGUAAGAUCGAGGUGCUGCUAUGCAGCACUGUGUGCAUCCCCCCAUGCUUCCUCCUUUAGGCCACCUGUGCACCAGGGUCUCCUCCCUACUUCUCCCUCUUGUAUAAUAACCUAUUAGGAAGGUAGUGAGUGGGUUGCAUAAAUUCAUCUGUUAAACCUCAAAUUCAGGAAAUACUUUUAGUAGCUCAUAUUAACUGAAAUAGCUAUAGUGUGUUUGUUAUUUGUGGUAUUUGUGUGUGAGUUAUUUUUUCUAACCAAUGAUUUACAAGUAACCCAGACUCAAUGUGGCCCCUAAUUUUUCAAAGUAUUCAAAUUUUCAAUGAAAAAAUUCAUUUAAAAAAUGAAUUGUGCUCUUUAGCAUGCAUCUAGCACCUAUUAAUCUAACUAUUUUGCCAGUCUUUUUGUGUACACUUCUCACCUGAUAGACAACUGUGCAAGGCAGACAUUUUUAUUCUUCUUCUGAAGAUUAAAGACACUGGAGCUAAGAACAUUUUUUAAAAAUUUGCCUUAAGUCAGCACUGAAAGCGAACAUUAGGACUUGGGUGAAAUUUGACUGCUUUUGAAGGUCCUCCAGUUUCCAUCCCAUACACCUCACACUGCAUCCAGGCCACAGUUUUGUUUUGUUUUGUUUUGUUUUAGGAAAAUAAAAUCUUUUUUCCUGCCAUCACUGGAGUCUCCUAAGCCUCAGUAAAUAUAAUCAGAGUUUGAUUUCUUUGCCUUUUCCCAGAAUGAAGGAGUUGCAUGGCUCUCCCUACCUCAAUGUAACUUCAUGCAAAUAGUAUUUUAUAUUUCCAUGGAACAAAGUUUUACCAUGUGCUUCCAAUAUGCCAGACACCGCUCUGGAAACUUUCACAUGUAUCAUUUAAUGGGAGAAGAUGUUGUGGUGUUCAUUAUAUAGACAGCGAAAUGAAGAGAUAGAGCAAUGCAAUUAUUUACCCAAAGGCCAAUAGCAUAGGAAACACCGAGACUUGCGUUGUGAACAAGCAAUUCAGAGAGCACAGUUCCAUGGGGUGCCUAGGGCUGUGCCUUGACCUGAAACUGAGGCCCCCUUGUUGAAGCAUGUGAUCAAGUCCCCACCAACCCACCAGCUUCCACCCUCACUACGCUGGGCUUCCCCAGUUUCGGUCUGUGGUCAAAACUCAAGCCCGUUGUUGUGGGAAAAGGCAUGCUUCCUCUUGGCUUUUCCCAUGUUGCAUCAGCCUGAACCAUGGUUGGCUCAUUUUCAUUGGCCCAGAUUCCUUUUUUUAAUUUCAUGGCUCGUCAAACAUUUGCACAUAUUAUGCACUGGCUGCAUAUUACAGAAGAGAAAUUGUAAUGUGGUUUGCUCAAAAUCACACUUGAGCUGCAUCCUCUUUCCAGAAUGUUCUUUCAUUAUCCAGAAAGAUCCUUUGAGAUACACUUUUGGUGAUACAUUCUCCUGGAAAUCUUCCUCAACUCCUCACCAAAUUCAUCUAUCCAUCCAUCCACCCAUCAAUCCACUCAUAUACUUGUUCAGGGAAUGUUUCUUGAGUACAUAGGAUGAAUCAGGCACUGGUCUGGGUCAGUUUCUGGGAACCCAACAGUGAACCAAACAGACAAAAUUCGCUGGCUCCAAGGAGCUUAUAUUCUGUUGGAGAAAGAUGGACCAUGAACACAUAAGCAAUUAAAAUGAUGGCAAUAAGUUCCAUGAAAAAAAUUAGACCAAGAUGGGGAUAGAGUGUGGGGAGACUUGGAGGAUAUGUGAGGGAAAGAAGUGCUAUUUUAAGGAGGCUGUUCAGGGAAGAAGGCCUUACCAGAAGGUAGGGACUAGGUGAAGACCUGAUGGAAGUGAGAGAGUAAACCAUGUCAGUAGUCAGGGAAAUCAAUUGCCAGGCAGAGCAUUGGCAAGUGCCAAACUAGGAACAGAGUGUGCUUCCCUUGUUGAAGGGCCAGAAGCCAUAGCUAAGUGAGUAAGUGACAAGCAGUGAGGUCAGAGAGAUGUUUCCAGCCCAUCUGUGAUUUCAGUGCCCUCUGACCAAGAGCGUUGACUUCAUGUUUACUGUCUCUGGUUCAUGGAUCUGUCUGACACUAGCCUGUGUACCCAGAAGCAAGCCUGGGCUUGUUAAUCUUCACAUCCUCAGCACAUAGCUCAAGACCUGAGACAGAGUGAGAGCUCAGCUUUCAUGAACACUUCUGCUACUUUGCUUCUUUUUUUAAAGCCAAGAGUCCUAGUUAAAGAUAAUUUGAAACAUGGGGAUUUUGCCAGAAUGCUGGCUCUCCACCCCACUUGGCCAGUUCUUCACUGGACAACAUCAGACUCGUAGAAUUGCCACAGAAAGGAUGAGGUGCCAGGAAAAUCUGGAACUGAACAUUGUGGAGAAGAAAGUGUUAGUUGGAGUUCCUAGGAAGAGGAAGAGGGCAUCUCUAGAACCUCUGGAGAUUAACAGCAGGCAAGAUCCCUACUGGGGACUGGGUUUAUUAAGAGUGACCAAUGAGAAGGCUCUCCAGAAACCCUAAAGUGUGACAAGAUUUCAGCCAGGACUUUCCUCUUACCACUUUGCUGACUCAGAAGCUAGCAAGCGGAACCCACAAGACCUGGAAAGCUUUUGUAUCUGGCCUUUCCCCUCUCAGAGCAGAACACUGAUCUCUGAGAUGCUUGCAUUUGUUCUCAAGCAGGAAGCAAUACUAGGGAAUGCAGAUGGGUUGGGAAAGAGGAGAGAAGAGAGCUAAGGAGAGCAGCUGGCCUCUGGUGACCACCAGGGUCAGUGACCUCUGCUGCCUGCUUCCAAUCUGAAUCCUGCAUCCUGAGGGCAAAAGGAGACCCAUAACAACUUAUACCCACUUAGAGCAAUUAGAAGAAUAGCAAUUAAUGAAAGUUGAAGCUACAGGACAUCUUGAAGUCUGGGAGUGGGAGAGGCAUUAGGGCAUUUUCACAAAGGAGUGACAAGCUUGGAUUUUCAGCCAGAGGAUGUGUGUGUGUGUGUGUGUGUGUGUGUGUAUGUGUGUGUGUAUGUGUGUGUGUACGCAUGCUGCACACCACAGUUACACAAUCCUAGAGUGGUAACUCAAGAGAGUUGGGGAGGGAGGUAAUUCUUUUUAGCUGGUAGGUCAGGUGGUAGGUUUGCUUUAAAAUAGUAAAAAUGGAAAAAGCAAUGAUUUUUCUGUUUUUAAAUUCAACAGUAGCUUUUGAGAAAUGAAAAACACUGUUAGGACCUAGGUGGGGCAAGUAAGCCUUGUCCUCUGGGAGCCUGCACACCAAUAGGCCCAGAACACUUGCAAAAAGAUCACUUGAAUUUCUUGGGUUCACAUGCAUGUGGCAAGUUUUGUAAAUGGAAUACUAAAGAACAGUAUACCCAGAUAACUGAUAUCAAAAAACCAGAGAGUUAGUUCUGUGUCAGUCAGUGACCUGAGCCUUCCUUUCUGCAUCCUUCAGUGGAACUGAUCUCCAUCCUAUCUCCCUCUCUUUCAGGGAUAUUUUGAAAUAACAAUUUGAAGCAAGUUAAAAGUUCUGUUAAAUUUCCCUCUGAGGGACCUCUGUUCACAAGGUAAUACCGGAUGAGGCUUGGGAUAAAAUCUAACAUUUGUUCAAAACUCAGUUUGUACCAACUCUGGUCCUCCUGCUAUGGCCCCAGCUGUCUACUGUUUGGCCUUUCUUCCAGUUUUCAGAAUUACUAUUCCUGACUGACAUUAGCAAUUGGUUUCUGCAAUUCAGUGCAAUGCUUUAACAACACACACAUGUUUAUAUGUACCUGAUUGCUAGGCUGUAGAAUUUUUAUUGAGUUGCUAUUAUAAAUGAUGAAGGCAGGACUGUUGUUCGAGCUCAGAGGCAAUGUGGUGCUGCAUGGAAACUGCAUCUGUGGGCAAAGGGGAAGAGGUGUCAGAGAAGGAAACCAUGGUGUGAAUUGUUAUAGGAAGCCACAUACAGGGUGGCAGUGCUCCCAGGCCCCCCAGAAAUAGCUGUUGAGAACCAACUUGCUGGCAGGCAGCUGAGCUGCUGUAGAAUGAUCUGCAGGCUGCGAUGGGGAGCAUGAAGCCAGCCUGAAGUAUGUCUAAACCGGUGAUCACUCUCCCCUGUGGAACACAGUGUAGGGUGUUUUUUUUUUUAAUUUUCUUUUCCUAAGUAAGAGUUAAAGGGAAAGAGGAAUAAAGUAAAGGAAAAAAAAAAAAACAACAGGGUUUGAAUUGAGAACAAUAGUCACUGGAGUCAGAUUCUGUGAGCGUCUGACCCGAAUGACUACCUCCCUGCCAAGGAUUAAUGUCAGGGUCUCUUUACGUUCAUUUCCUGGUGAAAUCGCACACCCUCAGAUGCUGUUGCCAUGUUGUUUGUUCCAUUCCAGGAAUAGUUGUCUUGGAGAGUUAGAGAGCUCCUCUCUUGAGCUCAAGGAGGCCUUCCCAUGGUCAGAGAGGAGCAGCUACACUCCCUGAGACAUUCCAGUGUGACCAUGGUGAGCCUUGCAGGGAAGAGCUGAUGCUGCCAGCCUGUCAGGUUUAAUGAAAUUAGAAGCUCUGCCCUUCAGUUCUGGGUUUCUUUCACUGUUCUUUCACUCCAUCAUCCCUGCUAUCAAGAACUGACCCAGAGACCAAUGAAACCUUUAUGAUUUGCUGCUGUUUUAAUCUAUCUUGCAGAUUGUUUUGCAGGAGACAUUUUUCUCUGAAGUUGAGAAUCUUCCUUUUCAUUGCACUCAGUUGUGAUGAAGUAUACAAUUUUAUUCCUCAUGCUUUCGUCUCCCUACUUUUGAUUCUGGGCUAUAACUUACCCACUCUUAGGAUUUUGGAAUCUCGCCUAUAAAAUGGAUGUAAUUCCUUCUUAGUUGACUUGUGAGUGUAAAAUGAUUUAAUCUGGGAAAAUGUAGUAUAUCAGUCAGUUUUGCUGCAGUAAGAAAUAAUCCCUCAAUCUCAGUGGUUGAUAGCAACAAGUAUCUCUUUUAUCUCAUCUUAGAGCUGCAGGUAGACUUCUACGGCCUUACCCCACAUUUCUUCUUAUUCUUGGACCUGGGUUGAAGGGCCAGCUGCUUCUUGGAUGUGUCAUACUCAUGACAGUGAGAAGAGAGUGAGUAAGGUGGUAGAAACAUGAGAUGCCUGUUGAAGCUUCUGCUGGGACGUGGUAUUUUUUGUUCUACUCACGUUGCAUUUGCUAAACAGGGCGAGUGUUCAAGUCUUCUAUCAAUUCUAUCUCCCAUCUUAUGGAAGAGGAGUGGUACAUGCAAGCCACAUGGCAACCAGCAAGCCAAAAGAGUUAGGAAAAUAAUGUAGUCUAACAUCACACACUGUAAACCUAUUAUACAAGAUGUGAAUAUUAUGUUCAUCAUAAAAUAAUAUUUGAUGACAUAUGAGGAAUUGGGCUUAUCUCUGGUGUUGAUAUUUUAGUGAUAAAUAGAAUUUAUUUAUUAGAAUUUAUUCUAUUUAUAAAUAGAAUUGUACAUUCCAAUAGAAUGUACAGCUCCAUAAUAGAAGAACUUUUGUGUCAUUUAUCCCUAUAUCUUAAGGGUGAACCUUGCAUUCUGCCUGGCAAGUAGUAGUAUACUAGCUGUUCCAAAUAAGUACAUGACUUUGUAGCUGCUCUGGUGUUCUGGGGACCCAAGUCAAGUACAGUUAGUUCUCCAUAACAGCAGGCUCUGUAUUUAAAGAUCCAACCAACUGUAAAUGGAAAAUAUUUGCAGGAAAUGAUGCAUUGCUGCUGGUGUAUCAUGUUACUGCUAUUAUGUUAAGUCUAUGAUGAUUGCCUCUGAAUCAAACAUGUACUUACAUCUUUCUUUGUCAUUAUUCCCUAAAUGAUAAAGUAUAACAAUGAUUUACAUACCUGUUAUUGCAUUGGAUAUUGUAAGUAAUCUGGGGAUGAUUUAAAGUAAUAGGGGAUGUGUGGGUAUAUGUAGGUUUUAUGCGAAUACUAGACCAUCUUAUAGAACGGCUCCAAGAAUUUAUGGAUUUUGGUGUCCUGAUGGAGAGUAGGUUCUGGAACCAAUCCCUAGUGGAUAUUGAAGUAUAACCAUGUCUCCAUAGUCUCCUUCAGGUUGGAAAACUGACAAAGCAUUUCUUCAACUGUGCACUAGAGAGAUGUGCAUGUUUAUCUAUUUAGCUCUUAAAUUUUAGUGUAAUCACAUCCCUGAAGUAUUUUUCCCCUAUGCUGGAACUCAUGUCAUCAUAUCAAAGAAUUCUAGUGCUACAAACUUAACUCAAGGUCCCCAGCAUUGUUGAUGAGCAGUGUCCUUGAGAGGGACAGUAAUCACAUAGUGCUUUUGAUCAUUGUUGUUUCUUUUUGGGGGCUGUCCAAAACACUUUCUAUUCUUCAUAUCUCUUUCUUUAUUGUGGUUGCUCCUACCCUGCCUUCCUAAGGACCAAUGGCAACCUUUUCAAUGCAGAGAAAAGAAAACCAAUGCACUAAGAUUCAAGGGCAGGAACAAAGGCCACACAGUGGGUGUUGCAGAGACCCUCCCUCCCCAGUAGGGUUUUUCUGAUAGAUAAGGCCACCUGAGCCACCACUCCUCCACUCAAUAGCUCCAUGACCUUGGGCAAGUUACUGAAUCGGAAUAGAGAUAGAGAUAAUAGCAUUUCCUCUUAGAGGUGCCCUGACAAUUUAAUGAGGUCAUACAUGGAAAACAUUUGGACCCUGGGCAAUCAGGGGCACUGCAUGGGCUUCCUGAUUGGGCAAAAUUUCUAACUCCAGUUCGGGUCUAAAACUGCUAUGGUGGCAUGGGAAGGAGUUUCCAAAGCAAUGUUCAUUUGAAACACAAGAGACCUUCACAAGGACAUUGUUCAUCUCUGUCCUGGGCCUCUAGGUUGUGUCUCCUGUAAUGGCCUAAGCCAGGCAGUGCUAAUCUGUGUCUGGGGGUCUGUGUGUGUGAAGUUCAGCUCAGGAAACAUGUCCAGAGCUGUGUCUCAGGCAAAGCAGCUUAUGGAAAUACAAGGGAGGUUGACAAUGUAGUCAAGACCCACCAGUAGGAGGUACCUUGUACACAUAUCCUCUGGGAGCCAUGGCACUGCAUCAUUUCCCUCUAAGACCUUUAUUGCGUAAUGUCCUAAGAGGCUAGUGUGAAAUGCAACAUGAACUUGAAAAUAGUAAGAUGUCAUUCUGCUGUUUAUGCUAUAAUUGAAAUUAUAGCACAUUUAACUAAAAUAAUUUCAUCCUGAGCACCCAGACAUGUCAAAAUCCAUUUCAACAUCUAAUCCUUUUGUCACAAAGACUAACAGAUUUCAGCAAGACAAAAAAAGUCUAUAUAAAAUGAUAUUAUCAGAAGAAAGUUUUUAAAAAAUAAAAUGGUGUGUUUUGUAAUAAAGAAAAUACAGGCCUUAUUUGCAGGUUAAACAUCUUCAGCUUCAACUGGCAUUUAGUGGAGAAACAGUCAGCAUAUAAUUCUGAAGACUUGUGUUGUUCAAAGUUUUGUUUAAAGGCAGGAGGCUGAUUUUUAGGGUUUUUCCCACCUACCUUGUCCCCCCUAGAUCUUCACAACAAUCCUGGGAAUUACAUCUUACCAUUUAUACCAUUGUAUGGAAGAAGGAACUAGGGCUCUGGGGAAUGUGCAUUUGGCUCAGAUCACAUAGUUAGUAAAUGGAGGGUUCACCAUUUGAACCCUGAGUGCCACAUGUGUCCAACUCAGAGUGUGUGCUCUUGGCAUUGAAUAGGAUAGUGGUCAGUGGUGAUGAUCUGAGGAUGCUUUUUGAAGGCACUUCAGCUCCCCAGCUGCCUGGGCCAAAGUGAGCAAGGAUUUGUGUUUACAAAAACCUCUAUAAUGUCGCUCAAAGAGAUUGUGUCAGGAGGAUCCUGGGGCACAAGAGAGACCCAUUGUAGCAACCAUGCUGUGGUAUGGACAGCAGGGAGAACUCAGGGCUUCUUCAUCAUGUCUUCCCAGGGGUGAGUCUUUCCUAUCCACACCCUAUCAUCAGCAGCUGAAUGUCUAUACCUUGACACUUGUGAGCAUGUAAGGUGGCAUCAGGAUUGUGAUGCCUGAACCUGAUUCAGUCAACCAUUCAUUCAUUCUUAUAUUUUUUUGAGCAGCUAUUAUUCUUGGCACUGAGCAAAACAAAGCCCCUACUUCUAUGUAUUUGUAUGCUUGUCUAGCUAGUUAUCUAUCUAUUUAUCUAUCUAUCUAUAUACCUACCUAUCUAUCUACCUGUCUAUCUAUCUAUAUAGCUAUCUAUCUACAUACAUAGAAACACUCUGUGUUAGACAGGGAUGAGGAUGGUAGAAAGACAUAAAGCUGGGUAAUUGUGGUAGGAAUGAAAGGCAAUCAUUUUGAUAUAGUAGUGUGGAUGACCAGAUAUAUGAAAGAUGUUGGUAUGGAUGAGCCAUGCCAAUAUCUAAGGGAAAGUGUGGAUUAUACAAGCCAGAAGGAAAAGAAAGUGAGGUGAUCCCAGGGAACCUGUGGCUUGUUUGAUUCAAAGAGCUGAAGUAGAGGGUAAUGUGUCUAGGGCAGAAUAAAUGCAGCCAGCAGAGGUAAGGGGCAAGGUGGCGGCUGGACUCUACUUAGAUGGCCUUGUAGAAUGGGUUUUUCAACAUCCACUGCGAUGUCAGUUUCUUUUUAAUAAGUUCAUAUUAGUAAUCUUUUGAAUAAUUUUGCAAGAGAAUCUGAUAGAGAUGGUACAGGCAAGAAAACCAGAGCUGAUGUAUUUGUCUGCAAUCAUGUAGUUCACAAAUGACAAAACAAUGAUUUAUACAGUCCUGGAUCUUAGAGCAUACCCUAGACUUUGAAUUAGUCAUGUGUUAAUUAUUUAUUUAAAUACACUUAUCCAUUUCUCUCUUGUAUAGUAACUAACUAAUAUGAUACAGGAAAGAAAAUUUCCACUCACUAAUUUGCAUUAACACACUUAAUAGCUAUAAAGCAUCUUUUUUGGAAGGAGGACUAUACCAGAUGUGGCUUCAUUACUUGAACAAAUUGGCACAUCCUCCAUUACCUGGUGUGUAUUAGUCUGAGUUCUUCAGAGAAAUAGAACCAAUAAGACAUAUAAUUAUACAUAAAGAGACUUAUUUAAGGAAUUUACUCACAUAGAUAUAGAAACUCAGAAGUUCCAAGAUCUGCAGUUGGCAAGCUAGAGACCAGGAAAGCUGAUGGUCUGGUUUCAACCUGAGUCUGAAGGGCUGAGAACCAGGAGAACCAAUAGUGGAAAUUCCAAUCCUAGACCAAGUCCAAAUUCAGAAGACCCAUGUUUUAGCUUAGAGAGAGAGAAAGAAAAUGCUCUCCAUAUUUGUUCUGUUCUUUCCUUCAACAGACUGGAUGAAACCUACCCACUUUGAGGCAGGGCAAUCUGCUCUAUUCAAAUGUUCGAUCUCAACCAGGGACAUCCUCACACACAGAGAAUAAUAUUUUACCAACCUGUGGACACUCUGUAGCCCAGCCAAGUGGACACAUAAAAUUAAACAUCACAGAGAACAUUUUAGUGAAUAUAAUAGAAUUAAACAAAAUGGAAAGUUAUCAAGAGGAGGCUCCAACACUUCACAAGGCUUCUUUCGUCUUGUAGGGAGGCCUGAGCUCGCUUGCCCCAGGGCCACGUUGCUCCUUGCACUGACCAGCUUCUCUGGAUUCCUAACAUUCUUCUUUUGACUUAUUUGAGCAAGCUCCAUUUUCAGGGUAACACUAAAGCUGGAGCCAAGACUUCUGGUUGCAAAUGCCACACCCUUGUAUAAACUCAGAAUACUUACUUACCUUAGCAAAUGUUUGUGGAAUAAAUAUACAAGCCAAGAAUAGGUGAAUUCAUUCAUUUACAGACCACAAAUGCCAAACCUAAGUCAUUUGUAAUUUUUGUUUGUGGUUAUGAAAUUAUUGGCAAAAAUGAAAAGAAUGCUGGUUCUCAUGGAUCAGUUCUGCUUGCCUGCCAGUUAUUCCCUGGAACGUCUGCAAGUUCAAUUGAAAAAUGACUUUCAGAUGAAAGAAUGCAAUCACUGUCCAAGUCUUUCUCUCCUGAUCACUACCACAGUGAAAACAGGAAUUUAUACUUUUUCCUUUUGUUGUUAAUCAAUUUGCUUGCUAUAUCUUGUAUUUAUGAGGUGUAUCCAAUCAGCUGCUAUUUCUAGGAAGCUGAGUGGUAUGGUUGUAUGUGUGUGGUGGGGGCAUGCACACGUGAGUGUGUGCAGGGCUGUGAACAUCCUGCUUUAUUUUUCUGCUCUACUUUCUUCUUAUUUCCCAUAGCAAUAAUUGACCCCUUUUCAUAUUAAAGACUCCUCAAAGGUAGAAGAAAACGUGCACAGCAAUGUUGGAAUCCUCUUCCAUGCGAUUAUCCGAGGAAGUUACUUCUGGAGCCCAGUUAAUUCCUGGCUUUAAUCAGAGCCUGAAAGCCCCUAAUCAUGCUUCUGAACAUGAUAAUGGCACAUCCUUUCACAAACAUCUGGGAAGAAAACAUGCAGGAAGCCCAAGAAGGACAGCAGCUGUACUAUUGUCUGGAGCAGAUCACAGUUCUUCUGGGAGGCCAAGGGUGACAGCACUGCAGAUAAGCUGCUUCCCAGCUGUCCCAGCAGGGUAAGAACAGAGACUAUCUUGGGGUUCACCGUUCUGAUUUGGAGAGCUGCAUUCUGUGGUCUGGAAGCUGUUCUGGUGGUUCCUCUCAUCAGCCUGGAGUAGUGAAACAGGAUCACAGGAGAAAUUUCCAGGUUUGCUGGGAUGGGAAACCUGCUCAAAGUCCUGACCAGGGAAAUUGAAAACUAUCCACAUUUUUUCCUGGAUUUUGAAAAUGCCCAGCCCACAGAAGGAGAGAGAGAAAUAUGGAACCAGAUCAGUGCUGUCCUCCAGGAUUCUGAGAGCAUCCUUGCAGACCUACAGGCUUACAAAGGCGCAGGGCCUGAGAUUCGAGAUGCUAUUCAAAAUCCCAAUGACAUUCAGCUUCAAGAGAAAGCUUGGAAUGCAGUAUGUCCUCUGGUUGUGAGGCUUAAGAGAUUUUAUGAGUUUUCCAUACGGCUAGAAAAAGCUCUUCAGAGUUUAUUGGAAUCUCUGACUUGCCCACCCUAUACACCAACCCAGCACCUGGAACGGGAACAGGCCCUGGCAAAGGAGUUUGCAGAAAUUUUGCAUUUUACCCUUCGAUUCGAUGAACUGAAGAUGAGGAACCCAGCGAUUCAGAAUGACUUCAGCUACUAUAGAAGAACAAUAAGUCGCAACCGUAUCAAUAACAUGCACCUAGACAUUGAGAAUGAAGUGAAUAAUGAGAUGGCCAAUCGAAUGUCCCUCUUCUAUGCAGAAGCCACACCAAUGCUGAAAACCCUUAGCAAUGCCACAAUGCACUUUGUCUCUGAAAACAAAACACUGCCAAUAGAGAACACCACAGACUGCCUCAGUACGAUGACCAGUGUCUGUAAAGUCAUGCUGGAAACACCGGAGUACAGAAGCCGGUUUACGAGUGAAGAAACGCUGAUGUUCUGCAUGAGGGUGAUGGUGGGGGUUAUCAUCCUGUACGACCACGUGCACCCCGUGGGGGCUUUCUGCAAGACAUCCAAGAUUGACAUGAAAGGCUGCAUAAAGGUAUUGAAGGAACAGGCCCCAGACAGCGUGGAGGGGCUGCUGAAUGCCCUCAGGUUCACUACAAAGCACUUGAACGAUGAGUCAACUUCCAAACAGAUUCGAGCAAUGCUCCAGUAGAGCCCUGCUUGGAGAAGAGGAUCUUUGUGCUGACCUCAGAAGAUGUAUAUGUUUACAUAAUUUAAUACAGAUUGAUGUUAAUACUUGUGUAUUUACAUAACCAUUUCUUCUUGUCACUGAAAUAUAUGGACCUUAAUUUGUAUCUUGACUGACUCAACCCAGCAGAGCAUAAAUUGACUUGAGAGCCUUACCUUUGAUGUCUGAAAACAAAACUCCCUUCUCCAAAGGCCAAAUUUAGAGACUUCGAUCAUGGCUACCGGAACCCUUUCAUGACACCUGUAACAAUCAGAAAUUUCUAAUAGUU